AAUAAGAAGAGAGACCGCGCUGAACAAUGACGUGCUGUCCGCAGUGUGUGUCUGUGUGUGUGCGCGCACACUAUUUCUAAUAUCAUUACUAAAAGCAGGCAGACGGAGAGUGCAGAAGCAUCAGAGUCUACAGCAUAUGAACUCCACAAGAGUCUCCACUGGAACACGAUGAUAUAGCGUUAAGCACUCUUCGCACUUUUAACAACUUUGGGGAGCAAAUGAAUAUGUCAGAAUCUGUACGGAAGAUGUUGAGAGCGAAACUCGUGCUGCUGGGAAGAGAUAACUGUGGGAAGACAGCUCUGUGUGUCAGAUUCAUCACCAGACGUUUCAUUGGAGAGUAUGAACAUAAAAGGGAGGUCACCUACAGGUGUCAGAAAAUCGUGGACAAGGAGGCGAUUGAGCUGGAGAUUUUAGACACUGUUAAUAAGGAAUGUGUAGGACCUGCUGUGUCCUCUCUGGAGAGUUCCAUUAAAUGGGGGGAUGGAUUUCUCAUUAUGUACUCUGUGACGGAUCGCAGCAGUUUUGAGGCUGUCUCGCGUCUGAAGAGACUGAUUGACCAUGUUAAACAAACGCUUGGUAUUCCAACAGUCAUCGUUGCCAACAAAUGCGACAUGGAGAAUGGCCGAGUGGUAAGGACAGAUGAGGGACAGGCUUUAGCCUCAGACCUGAGGUGCAGUUUCUUUGAGCUGUCUGUAGCAGAGGACGCUUCAGCAGUGGAGGCCGCGUUCGGGCAGCUGGUGCGUGAAGUGCGUCAGGAGUUUCAGCGCCACCUGCUGGCUAUGGACAAGCGCUCACGAAUGCUGCAGAUGAGACAUGCGCUCAAAAAUAAACUCACACGUAGUAAAACCAUGCAGUGGUGACCGGAAAGACCAAAAACAGUUCAGUACAACCGUAGUACUGUAUCCUGGCGUGACGACCUUUCAGAGAACAAGUGCCUUUUGGAUUUCCCAAAUACUGUCAUGGACAUUGUUAUCUGUGUGUGUUUAUGACAGGCAGCAUAAAGCAGUGUGUUUUUAAAAGUGCAGUGUGUAAUUUAUGUGCUAUUGGCAGGAACAAACUGAAUUGUGAAAAUAAUGACUGUUAACACACUAUCUUCCAUUGUUUGGACAAACAGGCAGUCUCACCUUAAACUUUUGCAACUGAUUGAGCCAACAGUUGAGGUCAAAGGUUUACACACACCUUGGAGAAUCUGAAAAAUGUUAAUUAUUUUACCAACAUGGGAUCAUACAAUAUGCAUGUUAUUUUUUUUUUUAUUUAGUACUGACUUGAAUACGAUAUUUCACAUAAAAGACAUUACAUGUAGUCCUCAGGAGAAAAUAAUAGUUGAAUUCAUAAAAAUUACAUCAUUCAAAACUUUACAUACACUUGAUACUUAAUACUGUGUUGUUACCUGAAUUAUCCACAGCUGUUUGUGGGUUUUUUCUUUUUGUUUAGAGAAGUUGUUCAUGAGUCCCUUGUUUGUCCUGAACCACCCGCUGUUCUUAAGAAAAAUCCUUUAGGUCCCACAAAUUCUGUUUUUUUCAGCAUUUUUGUGUAUUUGAACCCUUUCCAACAAUGACUGUAUGAUUUUGAGGACAACUGAGGGACGCAUAUGCAAGUUAUAACAGAAAUUUCAAACGCUCACUGAUGUUUCAGAAGGAAACACGGUGCAUUAAGAGCCGGGGGUGAAUGCUUUUUGAAUUAGAAAAUCAGAAUACAUUUAACUUAUUUUGUCUUCUGGGAAACAUGUAAGUAUCUUCUGUAGCAUCUGAAGGGAAUUACUAAAUGGAAAAAAUAUGCUAUUUCGACAAAAUAAGAAAUAAUGUGCACAUCUUCAUUCUGUUCAAAAGUUUUCACCCCCCCAGCUGUGGAUCAUUCAGGUAACAACACCGUAUUAAAAAUCAAGUGUAUGCAAACUUUUGAACGGGGUCA